GUAUCUUAAUUUGCAGACAUGGUGAAGCUCCAGUUUGCCCCGUUCAACUCGAUAGUCGAGCCUGGUUUUUGGCAUUGGUUGUCAAACUUGAAGCUUGAAAGUUUGAAGCUUAGUGAAGAACCGGUUAAAAUUCGGGGUUCGUUUUAUUUCGAUCAGAAUAGUAGUGAACCCAGGUUUCGAUUGGAUCACGAUCAGGCAGCAGAAGAAUCCAAUGUUCGUUUUGGCCGCGUGAACGUUCAUGGAAAAUUGAAAUUGUUCAACACUAGGGAAGCUCUGAAGAAAGGAGUAAUUGCUUUCCCUUCAAAAGACGAUUUGGAAGAUAUACAAAAUACCCUGGAUGUAUUCUUGUCUUUGGUGUCGAGUCAUGAGGCACCUUGCAUGUUCUGGCUGUUCGCUUUCGCGGAUAUCAAGAAGCACAAGUUCGAGUAUCAAUUUCAUUUCCCGGUUCUGGGUCUGCCGAGCGAUUCGUUUGCAUUCGAGAACUUGUGCUCCCUAGCAACGAGUUGCGUGAAUGACCGGAUGAUAUCCAGUUUGAUGAGUUCGGCGAGAAUUCAACUACUGCAGUAUGUGAAAGAAAUAAAUGAAGAAUUCGUCAUUUUGGAUGCCUCUGGCGGUCUGAUGGACGGAGAAGAUGGCGGAUUUUUUGUGAUACCUGAUCCUUCCAUCGCGGAGAUGUCUCCUGGGUGGACAGUGAGUACUGUAUAUGCGAGAGCAUUUACUUUCAGAUCAGCCCUGACAGCAUUGCGGCUUGCCUCACGACGAGAGAGGCGUGUCAAACUGGUCUGUCUUCGAGGAAAUCCUGCCAACGCCUUUGAAGCCUCGUCCGUGAUUACGUUAUCAUUUCCGAACGAGGAAGUUUCUGCGGAAUCUUUGAAAUGCUUCGGUUGGGAAAAGGGAGGCAUGCGUGUUGCAGACCUCGGCUCGCAAAUGGAUCCGAUAAGGCUCGCAGAUUCGCUCUCCUUUCUAAAUCUUAAGCUGAUGCGAUGGCAAAUGGCGCCUUCUCUCGACUUGGAGAAAAUCGUGAACGCGAGGUGUCUGCUGCUGGGUGCCGGAACUUUGGGCACUAAUGUUGCCCGAGGCCUUUUGGCUUGGGGUGUGAGAAAUAUUACUUUUGUGGACUCGGGAAGCGUUGCUUAUUCAAAUCCGGUUCGUCAGUCUUUGUUCGAAUUCAAGGAUUGUGAUGGAACUAGAUUCAAAGCGGUUGCUGCAGCAGAAGCGUUGCGCCGUAUCUUGCCCACUGUGAUUUCGGAAGGAAUUGUGAUGACGAUUCCUAUGCCUGGCCAUGGUGUAGGUGGCGAUCGAGACUCGAUAAAGCGAAGUGUCAAACAAUUGGAAGAGCUUUACGAAAAACAUGACGUUAUAUUUCUUCUGCUUGAUUCGAGAGAAGCGCGUUGGUUGCCAACAGUACUUGGAAAAGUCAAGCGAAAAAUUGUUCUCAAUGCAGCGUUGGGGUUCGAUUCAUUCCUCGUCAUGCGUCAUGGCCUAGAUUCGGAUCUCGGGUGUUACUUUUGUACGAACGUUUCCGCCCCCGGAGAUUCGUCGGUUGAUCGCACGCUGGAUCAACAAUGCACCGUUACUCGUCCAGGAGUUUCCUUCAUGUGUUCUGGAUUGGUGGUCGAAAUGAUGGCGUCGAUUUUGACACACCCAGCUGGAAUCGAUGCUCCGGCUGCUCCGGAAAAUCCAUCCGAGGAUGAUCGCGAUGAUGAUGGAUGCUGUCUCGGAAUUUUGCCUCAUACGAUCCGGGGAUUCCUCAGGAAUUAUCAUCAGUUCACUCCAGUUACGCCGUCGUUCGCACAAUGCGUGGCGUGCUCCACUUACGUCAUGGAGGACUACGUCAAACGUGGUGCGGAUUUGGUCCUGGACGUGAUGAGUGAUCCUGCUAAAUUGGAGCAGUUAACGGGUUUAGAUAAACUGCAAGCCGAAUGUGAAUCUGUGGAAGUGUGGGCGUUCAGUGAUGAAGAAAGUACAGGUAGCACUGGGGGUGGUGGGGAUAAUAGUCCUUGA